AUGAAGGGUAUAUGGCUCGUAUGUUUGUGUUUUUUGAAAUUUUCGUGUUGCAUAGAUCAUGAUUUCAAAGGAUUCGACGACAGUAUUCUAUUUGGAAUAAACUGGCCGGGCAAUAAAGAACUUGAAAAUCUAAUUGAUGGUGAUAUUAACCCACCUGCUACUCCAGAGUUACAGAAAAAAGAAAUCCUUAAAGUUACAACAGCGAAUAAAGAAAACUAUGAAUGUAAGAUACCAGAGCUACGAGCGAAAGAGACAACAAGCAUUGGAGAGUAUGAUGGGCCUUCGCCAAUAAGCCUGCUAAAGCCACUCUUUACACAGAAGAUAUGUUCGUACAGACUAGAAAGCUAUUGGAGCUAUGAAGUAUGUCAUGGGAGGUACAUUCGGCAGUACCAUGAGGAAAGAGAAGGCAAACAAGUUAAGACUCAAGAAUACUAUUUAGGUCACUGGAGUGCCGAGAAACAUGCAAAAUUGGAAUCCACUGAGUUUAAGGAGCCAUAUAAGAUGACUAAAGUUGAAGGCGUUAAGCUACCCUCGGUUGAAAUGGUUCUGGAUGAAGGUACAGUCUGUGAUUUAAGUGGUAAACCCCGUUUAACUAGAGUUUAUUAUGUAUGCUAUACCCACGGAAAACACGAAGUCUACUCCUUCAAAGAAACUUCUACAUGCGAGUAUGAGAUAAUCAUUCUAUCUCCCUUGCUCUGUGAACAUCCACACUUUAAACCAAAAGAUGUGAGUGAGAACAUCAUAGAUUGUUUGCCUGUUGACGAUGCACCAAAGAAACCAAGGAGUCUGCUGAAGAUGGAGGUUGAUAGCCUGCGGUUCCAUCAUCAGACCAUCAGAAUGAUGAGUAGUAAUGAUAACGAUCCUAAGGAUGUUCUAGCUGUGUUGAAAGUUGAAAAAAUUGAUAAGGACGGUGAAACUCAUCUUAAAUUCGAACUGCACCCCCUCAAUGAAGACGAGGAUCUAGUUGAGGAUGCGAAGCCACAUCAACAGCUUGUAGACAAAUCGCCGCCCGUGAUCACUGAUGAUUCACCUGUCAGAGCUUUCCUGAAUGGGGAAAACUGUCUUAACGGGGGCACCGGCUGGUGGAAGUACGAGUUCUGCUAUGGGAAGCACGUGAUCCAGUACCACGUCGACCGGGGAGGCGAGAAGACGACCCUGAUGUUGGGCAAAUUUGAUGAAAAAACACAUCUGGACUGGAUCAAGGAGAACAAGGGGAAGGCACCGAAACCGAUAGAACAUCGCACUUCAGUUUCUCACUUCUACGCUGGCGGUGACGUAUGCGACAAAACAGGCAAGCCUCGACAAACUGAAGUGAAAUUAAAAUGCUUAGAGAAUUCGUCGAGCCCUGCUCAAGUCUCCCUCUACUUACUCGAACCAAGGACCUGCCACUACAUACUGGGCGUCGAGUCCCCCCUUAUAUGUGAUAUCUUACCUUUAGCUGAUGAUAACGGACUUAUUAAGUCGGUCAAGUCAGUUCUUGAGAAUCAUGAUACGCCAGAAGAGACUUCAGAAGAAGCAGAGAAGUUGUUCAAAGAAAAAGUUAUUAAGAAGUAUGGCAAUGAUUAG